AUGACCCUCAAGUUUGAGUUACUUAUUCUCAUUCUCGUGCACUCCUUUCGACAAUCGGACCUCAGACAAUAUACUGCUGCUUUGAUGGCAAUUACCCCUUCGAUGUUUGCUCUAGACCGCACUAAUUAUUCGCAGUGGCUACCUGUACAUGUUAGGGACAUGGUAAAACUACCAAAUAAAAACCCACAUGUCUACAAGGAGCUCUGAAAAGGUGGCAAAUUUACAGGGCAGAAGACGACUAAUACUUUUUCAUCUAUACCACUAGAUCAGGCUCAUGAACAGAAUAAUAAGUUAAUAAAGGGGGACGGCAGGAUUAUUGGAAUCCCUGAGAAUCCUGGUGUGCUUUUAAGAUGGAUGGCGGCUGGACCAGAGCUGGCAAGAAUGGUAAAAGAGUUUGAGACUACAAUAGAGGAGGACAACACCAACCAGACUUGCACAACACAUCAUGAGCAAUCCAGGGCUUGUUAAGUGCGCUUCAUAAGUCAUGUUCAAUCUCUGGUUUCUACAAAAGAAGAGCUUCGCAACCCAUUUGAAGAGGAAAGCACAGACCUGAUCUCACUUGUAUCGAAAGAUAUAGCUGAUCCAGCAAUGAAAGCUGUUUGAAUUCUGUGACAUAUGGUAAACAUGCGUUUUCCUUCUGUGCAUCUACAUUAUGAAAUACUCUUCCCGAUUCUCUUAAAAAUGCACCUUCCCUUUCGUCCUUUAAAUCUACCCUGAAAACAUUCCUAUUUUGGAAAUUUUAUUUUUAGUAAUGAGAAACAUUAUAUAGGUUUUUAUUUCAUUUAAAUUUAUUCUAUAUCAGUGUAGGUAUUUUCAUUUUUCAGUUUUAUAAUCGACUGUUAGUAUCAUCAUUAUAUUUUGUUUUAUUAUGACAUGUAAGCGCACUAAGACUCCUAAAUGCGCUCAUAAAAACCUUACUAUUAUUAUUAUUAUUAUUAUUAAAGCUACUUUGAACAACAUUGAGUCAAUUGGAAAGGAGCAGUAUGAACUCAUCAAAGAAAUGCUUGGAGAGAGAUCUAGGCCAAUCGAUGACAGCAUUUCAAGAAAUAAUCUUCCUUUGUGGAAACCAGGGUCUAGGACUUCAACGUCAAAAGAGAAAAUGAGGCUUAAGUCUGUAAAAAACGGAUUGCCAGUUGUUUUCGAAGCUAUACAUUGGAUGUCAAAGUCAAGACGGCGAUCUCGAUGAUUUUUUUUGUCAUGAAAAUCAAUGGUCUCGUCCUUCAUUAUUGGACUGUGGGAGAAUCAGGUCAGGUAGCAAAUGUGACUUGAUACAGUGCAUGGAUAAAUUGGUGGGCACAAAAGAGUCCCCUAACCCAUCGGUUGUGGUAUUGGAUUAUGCACUCUGCGUUCAGAUGCUCAAGCCACAAUUCUGUAAAAAUUCCAUGGAAUACAGUGAGAGGGUCUUUCUGCCGUACAUCAAACAAUCAAUUGAAAAUGUACAGAAGCUGGAUUUGGUGUGGGAUGAAUAUAUCCCUAACAAUUUGAAAGCAAGCACAAGGCAGAAGAGACGCACUGGUGCCAGAAGGAGGGUUCUUCCAUCUAUGGUACCCCGAAACUGGCAAGAAUUCUUUCGUUUAGAUGACACCAAAAGGGAGCUGUUCCUGUCUUUGUCGGAGCAGGUCAUGAAAAUGGCGAUCGAGGGCAAGCAAAUCAUAGUUACAAAAGGCGAAGAAGUACUCUGCUUUCCCCCCGAGACAAGAAGGAAUGAAUUGUCACCCCGUUCGCAUGAAGAAGCAGACACAAGAACAAUGGUUCAUAUUGCUGAUGCAGUACAAGAUGGUCACCAGUCAGUCAUGAUCUGAUCAACAGACACUGAUGUGGUAGUGUUAGCUGUUGCUGCUGUUGCAACUUUAGAAGACCUAAAGGAAUUAUGGGUCUCCUAUGGAACCGGAAAAAAUCACCAGAUCCUACCGGCAAAUCUCUUUGCAAAGGCUCUUGGUCUAACUAAAUCAAAGUGUCUCCCCAUAUUCCAUGCCCUAAUGGUGCAACACAACAUCUUUCUUCGCUGGGUAUGGAAAAAGAACAGCCUGGGCAGUUUGAGCGAGCUUUCCACAUGUUACUAGUACGUUUCUCAAGCUCCCAGGGGCCCCCUAUAAUAUUUCUGACGACAAUCUGUGCACCAUAGAACGAUUUAUCAUUCUAAUUUACGACAGGACUAGCCACCUCAGCAAAGUGGGUUUUAAUCUUCUUGGAUUCUUCUUGAGGACUUGUGAUUGUGUAAUGUUUGCAUUUAUUUAUACUUACCAUUUGGUACUUGUUUCAGGUCAAUGAUGCCCGAAAGUACUUAUUCACAAAGAAAGGGAGACGUGAAGCACGCUGUGUAUCAAGGAGGAUAUGUGCAACCGCCCUUAAGCCUCCUCUUUCUGAACCCACAAAUUGGGGCUGGACGUUAGGACAAGAAAGCCAACUGCAACCACAAUGGGUUACACUACCAGCAGCGGGUGCCAGCUGCAAAGAGCAGAACCAUUGUGGUUGUAAGAAGAGUUGUAGCAAAAGAUGCAAGUGUGUAAAGGCAGACCCUCCAUGUACCCCGCUUUGUAUAUGCGAUGGACAAUGCAUUCGUGACCAAUUU